AUGGAGGUGAUCCGGGGGCGGCAGCGCGUGACAUUGGGCUGCGCGGUGCUGGAUCAGGUCUUGGAAGGAGGAUUUCCUUGCGGCGCCAUCACGGAGCUCGUUGGGGAGAGCACUGCCGCCAAGACGCAGCUCGCGCUCCAGCUACUCGUCACGGUACAGUUGCCAGGGUCUCUCGGGGGAUCGAAUGGCUCGGCGAUCUACAUCCACACGGAGGGGUACUUUCCAGGUCGCCGGUUGCGGCAGCUCGCUAGCGCGUUCCAGAGUUCCAGGGGGCUAGGGUUUGAUCCCUGCGACAAUGUGUUCGUGGAAGCGGUUGGAACGAUCCAAGAGCUGAUUGCCCUCUUCGAUCGCUUGGAGCAGCUCUUCGAGAUGCAGCGGGAGAUGCCGGUGAGGCUGCUUGUGAUCGACUCCAUAGCGGCAUUGUUUCGCUCGGAAUUCGAGAACAACAGAGCGGAGAUGGUGGUCCGAGCUGCAACCCUCUUUCAGGUCUCCGCCAAGCUCAAGAGAUUGGCUCACAGGUACGAUGUGGCAGUCGUAGUAACGAACCAGGUGAUGGAUUGCAUGGACGGAUCCAGCGGCAUCCAGAUAGGAAAUCUUGCGGAGCUUGUAUCGUCUCGGAGAAGGGUGGCUCCAGCGUUGGGUUUAGCGUGGGGGCAUUGCAUCAACAUCAGGAUUUUUCUAUCAAGGAGCCAGGAAUUCCUGGAAGCUACAGCCAAGCGUCCAAAGCUGGACCACCAAGAUGUGGCCGAAGUUUCGAAGAGUACAAAGAGGGAGUUACACGUUUUGUUCGCUCCACACUUACCUUACAGGUCGUGCGAGUUUGUCGUCAAUCAAAGUGGCAUUCACGGAGUACUCGACGAUGACAGAGAAAAUGCGUGAUUCUUUAUCUUUCUUGCGACGACACGGUGCUUGUUUUUUGCAUGGCUGCUACGAAGGCUUGCAGAUUCUUCGUACUUGAGCCUUCUCGUUUUAGAGCUUCCACGCAUGCGGUGCUCAGCACCUCGACCUUUUU